AUGUCCAGGGCACCUCCGCUGGGGAUGAAUGCGGCUCUUUCCGAUUUUGCAAAUGCAACUGGGCGCCCGGUACCUGCCGCCACGGGGAAUCAAACCGCGGAGGAAAGGGGGUCCGAAGACACUUCGCUCGGCUUGGGAGUGCUCUGCACAAUUUGCGUGGCAUACGCCGCGAUCAUUGCAGUCGGUCUCCUUGGGAAUGUGAUCCUCGUCCAAGUCUUCUUCAAGAUCAAAUCGAUGCAGACCGUCCCAAAUAUCUUCAUUACCAGCCUGGCUUUUGGAGAUCUCCUGCUGCUGCUCACCUGCGUGCCUGUGGAUGCUGCUUGCUACAUUGUGGACACAUGGCUGUUUGGAAGGAUGGGCUGCAAGCUGCUCUCCUUCAUCCAGAGGACGUCUGUCGGCGUGUCCGUGUUCACUUUAACCGUGCUCAGUGCGGACAGGUACAAGGCAAUUGUGAAGCCCUUGGAACUGCAAAGGGCCGAUGCCGUCCUGAAGACCUGCUGCAAAGCCGCUGCUGUCUGGAUCAUCUCCAUGUUAUUAGCCGUUCCAGAGGCCGUGUCCUCCGAUCUCUACGCCUUUCACAUUCCGGAUAAAAACGGCUCCUUUGAGACCUGCGCGCCUUACCCCGUCUCCGAGAGAAUCAUCCAGGAGGCUCAUUCUCUGGUGUGCUUCUUGAUGUUUUAUAUCAUACCGCUAGCAGUUGUAUCAAUCUACUACUUUCUCAUUGCAAAGGCGCUGUACAAAAGCACGUCCAACAUGCCGGCAGAAGAGCACAGCCAUGCUCGUAAGCAGAUUGAAUCUCGCAAGAGAGUUGCCAAAACUGUGCUGGUCUUGGUUGGCCUGUUUGCCCUCUGUUGGCUCCCGAAUCAUGUCCUUUACCUUUAUCGUUCCUUCACUUACUACGCUUCCGUCGACACAUCCACCUUCCACCUCAUUGCCACAAUAUUCUCCCGGGCUCUGGCUUUCAGCAAUUCCUGCGUCAACCCCUUUGCUCUCUACUGGCUGAGCAAAAGUUUCCGCCAACAUUUUAAGAAGGAAGUCCUGUGCUGCCAAGCCAAGACCCCUCCGCAACCUUCCCGCAUCGUGCAGAGUGCAACUCCCACCAGGGCCAUGUCGGUCACAGGCUCUGAAAUCAGUGUCACUCUGCUGACAGAUUAUAGCAUCACUAAAGAAGAGGAGAGCGUUUAAUUCUGCCCGGCCUGUGGAUAAUUGUCCUGCCGAGGUCCACUGAGAUCAA